AUGAGCGGCGUGCAGCGAUUCCUCCGCCUGAGCGCGGCCGAGGCCGAGGCCGCCAUGAAGCCCCGACUGGUGGACGGCAAGUGGAAGCAGCCGCUGAUCUCCGGCCGCAAGAUCGCCAUGGUGAAGAAGCACGCGUUCCGCAACGGCCUCGUGGGCACGUGGGAGGAGGGCAAGGGCGGCUGGCUCGAGACCUGGGACCGACCGCAGAAGCACCACGUGAUGCGGCCGCUCAAGGGCCACAAGAACCAGCGCAACGAGUUCGAGCGCGUCAAGAAGGUGCAGGCGGCGCUGGCGGCCAUGCCCAGCAAGAUCGCAGAGCACAAGAAGGCGGUCAAGCAGGCCAAGCCGCUCAAGGGACUGGACAAGUGGCUCAACGAGACGGACCCGUACUAG